UCCUACAACACCUUUGUCUUUGAUACUCAAAAAGGGAAAUGGCAUUGCUGAUGAUGCUCUAUCAAGUCGGCGGUAUCUUCCUCAUCUUUCUUUUCAAUUCUCUUGCCAACUCUCAUCAUCUAUGUGAUCCCAAACAAAGCCUUGCCCUUUGGGAGUUCAAGAAAGCCUUUUCCUUGAAUGAAUCUGCAUCAAGUAGUUGCAAUGAUGAGCUUAAGAAGCAAGCUUAUGCAAAGACAGAGACAUGGAACCAAACCAAAGAUUGCUGUUCAUGGGAUGGCGUGAAAUGCGACGAGGAAGGAGAAGGUCAUGUCGUGGGGCUUGACCUCAGCUGCAGUCGGCUUCUUGGAGUUCUUCAUCCCAACAGCUCCCUUUUUUCCCUUUCUCACCUUCAAACCUUGAAUCUUUCUCGUAACUCUAUUUUAUCUGAAUUUUCACCCUCAUUUGGAACGUUUAAAGACUUGAGGGCUUUGGAUCUUUCCUGGUCUUACCUCAUAGGAGAUGUUCCAAUAGAAAUAUCAUACUUGUCUAACCUUGUUUCUCUUGACCUAUCCGGGAAUUAUCUCAGUUUCUCAGACAUAGUUAUGAAUCAGCUUCUUCAUAAUCUAACUAAUCUAAGGGGUCUUGCACUUUCUCAUGUAUUCCUCCAUGACAUCACACCCACUUCUUUCAUGAACAUUUCUCUUUCUUUAGCUUCUCUUUCUCUUUCUUCAUGUGGGUUGAGAGGGAAUUUUCCACCAUAUAUUUUCAGUCUUCCAAAUUUGCGUGUGUUACAACUUGAUUAUAAUUAUGAAUUGAAGGGGCGUUUGCCCAUGUCUAAUUUGAGUGAAUCACUUGAAAUCUUGAGUCUUAGUUGGACUAAUUUUUCAGGAGAGAUCCCUUAUUCCAUUGGUAAUGCAAAGUCCUUGAUAUCUUUACACCUUUCAUUCUCCAAUUUCACUGGUGGACUUCCAAAAUCAAUAGGAAACCUUACACAACUCACUAACAUUGAUCUCUCUGUAAAUAAGUUCAAUGGUCAACUGCCCAAUACAUGGAACAAACUUCAAAAGCUAACUAAUUUCAGAAUUCAUAUGAAUUCUUUCAUGGGUCACCUACCCAAUUCUCUUUUCAACCUCACCCACCUCUCCAACAUGACAUUUUCAUCUAACUUAUUUUCGGGUCAUUUACCCACAAAUGUUGAUUCAGAUGCACUUUCAAAUCUAAUUCAUUUGAACUUGGAACGCAACUCACUCAUUGGUGCCAUACCCUCUUGGCUGUAUGCAUUACCUCGUUUAAACUACUUGGAUCUCUCUCAUAAUCAUUUCUCUUCUUUGAUGAGGGAUUUCAAAUCCAACUCCUUGGAGUUUCUUGAUUUAAGUAACAACAACUUGCAUGGUGGAGUCUCUGAUUCUAUUUAUAGGCAACUCAAUCUUACAUAUUUAGCAUUGGGGUCCAACAAUUUGAGUGGAGUUUUGGAUUUAGACAUGUUGUUGAGAAUUCAAAGUCUAACAUCUUUAGACAUUUCCAAUAACAAUCAACUUUUGAUAGAGUCUACUAGUAUUAGUUCUAUGAAUCUUGUUCGAGUUGAAAUGGGUUCUUGUAAAUUGGGAAAAUUUCCCUACUUUUUGAGAUAUCAGAAGAACUUGGACUAUCUAGACCUUUCAAAUACUCAAAUUCAUGGGAACAUUCCCAAGUGGUUUUCUGAAUUGGGUGCUUUGAGGCACCUUAAUCUUUCUCAUAACUUGUUGUCCUCAGGAAUGAAGCUUCUCCUCAAUUUGCCAAAUUUGAAAAAUCUCUAUCUUGAUUCUAACUUGUUCAAUCUAUACUUUCCAAUGUUGCCAUCAUCAAUAUCCCAAUUUACUGCUUCCAAUAAUCAACUCAGUGGAAAUAUCCAUCCUUCAAUUUGCAAAGCCACCAACCUUAGUUUCCUGGAUUUGUCAAAUAAUAGGUUGAAUGGUGCAAUCCCAUCUUGUUUCUCUAACCUAACUUCUCUUAUGUUGUUGGAAUUGAAAAGGAAUAAUUUUUCUGGUUCUAUUCCCAUCCCACUACCAUAUAUUUUAAUCUAUACCGCUUCUGAAAAUCAGUUCAGUGGAGAAAUCCCUUCUUCAAUCUGCAAUGCCAUCUUCCUUGCUGUCCUUAGUCUAUCCAACAAUCACUUCAGUGGUACAAUUCCGCCAUGUUUAGCCAACUUCCCUUCUCUUGCGGUGUUGGAUUUGAAAAAGAACCAUUUUUCUGGGAAUGUUCCAAUGAUUUUUCCAAUAGGAAGUGAAUUGAGAAGCCUUGAUUUGAACGACAAUCAAAUAGAAGGAGAAUUGCCACCAUCCUUGCUCAACUGCAACAAUCUUCAAGUCUUGGAUCUUGGGAAUAACAUCAUAACAGGUCUGUUCCCCCAUUGGCUAGAAGCUGCAUCAAGUUUGCGAGUUCUUAUCCUAAGAUCCAAUCGAUUUUAUGGUCCAAUCAACAACUCAAUGAACAAAGACUCUUUUCCAAAUCUACGUAUCAUUGAUUUAUCUCGCAAUCAUUUCAGUGGGUUGCUGCCAUCAAACUUAUUCAAAAACAUGAGAGCCAUGAAGGAAGUUGAAGUGGGCAACCAAAAACCCAACUCUUCUUCGCUUGAAUCUGGCAUACUCCCUUUCUAUAAGGACUCAGUGGUGGUAUCAAUAAAAGGGUCUGAUCUAAAAUUGGAAAGCAUUCUAUUGAUAUUCAAGGCUAUUGAUUUCUCAAGUAAUGAAUUUAGUGGAGAGAUACCAGAGGCGAUUGGAAGGCUCUUGUCCUUGAAAGGUCUCAACUUUUCUCAUAAUAAGCUUAGAGGUAUGAUUCCCAUAACUUUUGGGAAUCUAAAAAAUCUGGAAUGGUUGGAUCUUUCUUCAAAUGAACUGUUGGGUAAAAUUCCACCUCAGUUGGCUACUCUUACAUUUCUCUCCCGUUUGAACCUCUCACACAAUCAUCUUUCUGGGCCAAUCCCUCAAGGGAAUCAGUUUGCAACUUUUGAAAGUUCUUCGUAUGUUGGGAAUCUUGGGCUUUGUGGGUUUCCUCUACCAAAUUGCUACUCAGAAAAGGCCCAUGAAUCUCAAAUGGCACAUGAAGAAAGUGAGAGUUUGGACAAUGGGUUUUGGUUGAAAGUUGUGUUGAUGGGAUAUGGAUUUGGAAUGGUGUUUGGAGUAUUCGUUGGGUAUCUUGUUUUUCGAAUUGGAAAACCUAUAUGGAUCGUGGCGAUGGUUGAA